AAGUGUUGACUUUUCCCCGAUUAACCAGUUCCAUUCUGCAACUCAUCUCGCAAAAAUGCUUCUCACAAAAUUAAUUAUUUCGCUGAGUGUUUACUACUUUACAAGAGUGAGCUGUUUGUGUGAAAAAUCGUUCAUAGUAUCGUGUGAAACGCUAACGGACGUUGCAUUUAACAAAUCGAAAAAAACCUGGACCGAGUUACUUGUGCAACCCAACAAAUGUGUCACCAAGACGUCCUGAUCAUCAGUAACGAAUUAAUCGAAAUAGAACGCAACGCUUUUACUUAUUGCAAAAGUCUCCAAAACCUCAUCCUUUACGACAACAAGGUUCCAGUGAUUCGAAAAUCAACAUUUGUCGGAUUCUGGAUAAUGCUAAAAGUGAGUUUGGAGAAUAAUCACAUUGAGCGAAUAGAAAAAGGGGCUUUUGUGGCAACUAACAUAAAUUUCCUUGAUUUGUCUCGUAAUAAACUGGUAGUGAUCCCAGCUGAUAUUUUCGUGAAAAACAGCCGACUUGAGAAGUUAAGUGUGGCCCACAACAAACUAGUAUUUAUCCACAUCCAGACUUUACCAAAAAAUUUGAAACAACUUUACUUGGAUCACAAUAAACUUGACGCACUACCGGAUGGGCUCCACCUUUUGGAAGAACUCAAAGAGCUCACAAUUAGUCACAAUUAUCUAAGUAGUUUACCACAUUUUGAAGGACUCAGACUUUUGGAAAAGUUGGACGUUUCGUUCAACAACAUCAACCAAGUCGGCCAAUUCCACUUUGAUAAUUUAACAAAUCUGAAAUACUUGGAUUUGAGUGGAAAUAGUUUGAAAAAAUUCAAUAUUCCGGUCAAUUUCAAGGGUGAAGGACUUCAACAAAAACUUUUUUUGGCUUUUAAUCGUUUAAGAUAUUUGAAUUUUGAUGGGGUUAACAGUGAACUUGUCCUGACACUUGCUGGCAAUCCGUGGAAUUGUAAGUGUUUAGAAACGAUGGAAAAAAAUAUUCUUCUGUCUGGAGCUUCCGUACGAACAGUUUGUGACUUGAAAUUCGGUGGUUUGGGGCAAAACCCGAUUUGUGUCAAUGAUGGUGACUGUUCUGAAAGUGAAGUGCCAGAAAAACUGUUUCAGAAGUUCAGGAGUGCCUUUCAGAGUAUGGACUGUGAGCUUUUCACAGACUUGGAUAUUUUUGUGAACUAGUUUAAAAUAUUGUUAAUAAACGCGAGAAAUGAAUAAGCAUUUCGUAAAAUC